CUAGAAGGCAGUCUCAGGUUUUUCUUCCCUGCAGGGGGUACAGCAGGGGUGAGCUGUGCCGACUGCCACUGCCUUCUCCUUCCUCCUCCGUGAUGUCUGUGAAGACGGCUCUGCGGACCCCGAGGGGCCUCGUUCCCGCCGCGGUGGCGGUGGUGCUGAUGGUGCUGAGCGGCCCCCUGGCCGAGGGCAGAGACUCUCCGCAGGACUUCGUGUUCCAGUUUAAGGGCCAGUGCUACUACACCAACGGGACGGCGCGCGUGCGGCUGGUGACCAGAUACGUCUACAACCAGGAGGAGUACGUGCGCUUCGACAGCGACGUGGGCGAGUACCGCGCGGUGACCGAGCUGGGGCGGCCGGACGCCGACUACUGGAACGGCCAGAAGGAGAUCCUGGAGCAGACGCGCGCCGAGACGGACACCGUGUGCAGACACAACUACGAGCUGGGCAGUCCCCUGCUGAACCGGCGCUGGCGAGUGGAGCCCACGGUGACCAUCUCCCCAUCCAAGACGGAGGCCCUGAACCACCACAACCUGCUGGUCUGCUCCGUGUCAAAUUUCUAUCCAGGCCAGGUCAAAGUCCAGUGGUUCCGGAAUGGCCAGGAGGAGACAGCUGGCGUCGUGUCCACCCCCCUCAUUAGGAACGGGGACUGGACCUUCCAGAUCCUAGUCAUGCUGGAGAUGACCCCCCAGCGUGGAGACGUCUACACCUGCCACGUGGAGCACCCCAGCCUCCAGAGCCCCAUCUCAGUGGAGUGGUGGGCACAGUCUGAGUCUGCGCAGAGCAAGAUGCUGAGUGGCGUCGGGGGCUUCGUGCUGGGGCUGAUCUUCCUAGGGCUGGGCUUCUUCAUCCAUUACAGGAGUCAGAAAGGAACUCGUGGGCCUCCACCAGCAGGGCUCCUGCAGUGACUCCUGAACAUGUUCUGAGUGGAAUUGGCUGUCACUCUUCUGCAUGGCCUGCCUGUCACAGCCCAGACUUCCCCCCUUGACUCAGCCUUCGUCUUCUUAUGUGAUCAGAGUCCUAUAGUGGCUACCAUGCAGCUGCAGCUCACCUCCUGUAACCCUUACCCCAGGGACCUCAGCCCUACUCCCUGGACUCACUCCGGAGUCUUUGCCUGUGUGCAACAGCAGCAUUUACUCAGACCUGAAGGGCUUGCCCUUUUUAUGUCCCCUCAGCAUACUGCUCAAGAGAUGCAUUGAAACCAUUUACCUGGGUGUGGAGUUUUUCAGAUAAUUAAACAUGAUUCUGAGUGAUCUGUA